AUGAUAUUCACGGCGUCCUGGAUCAUCGCCGGCGGUCUUAUCUGUCAUACUCGUUCCAUCGCACCUUCCACAUACUCCCGUAGUUUUACAACUCGGAGUGCCCGGCCUCUGACUUCCCUGCGCGCAAGUACAGAGUCACCUGCUGCACUCCGGCAGCUGCGGGCAUUCACCAAGGUCGCGUCAACAUGGAAUAAAACACAAACAGCACCUAAUGCCGAGGCAUACCUAAAGAGCGGUGUCAUUUCUGGCGCACAAGAUUUGGUCGAUGUCAAGAAAGUUCUAGUCAUUGGUAGUGGUGGUCUAAGCAUUGGUCAAGCCGGAGAGUUCGACUACUCAGGUUCUCAGGCACUCAAGGCUUUGAAGGAAGCUGGCGUCAAGUCCGUCCUUCUCAACCCUAACAUUGCUACCAUCCAGACGUCGCACGUGCUCGCCGAUGAGAUCUACUACCUGCCCGUAACUCCCGAAUACGCCGAAUAUGUCAUCCAGAAGGAGAGGCCUGAUGGCAUCUUCCUCAGUUUUGGUGGCCAAACUGCGCUGAACUUGGGUGUACAGAUGGACGCCAAGGGUAUCUUCGAGAAGUACAACGUCAAGGUGCUUGGAACAAGCGUUCAGACCCUCAAGACUAGCGAGGACCGUGACCUAUUCGCACGUGCUUUGGACGAGAUCAACAUCCCCAUUGCCAAGUCUAUUGCCGUUUCCACAGUCGAUGAAGCAUUGGAUGCAGCCGAGAAGGUUGGAUACCCCAUUAUCGUUCGUGCUGCGUAUGCGCUCGGUGGUCUUGGCUCAGGUUUCGCGAACAACCCCGAGGAGUUGAAGAACCUGUCGGCUCGUUCGCUCACCCUCUCACCCCAGAUCUUGGUCGAGAAGUCGCUCAAGGGCUGGAAAGAGGCCGAGUAUGAAGUCGUUCGCGACGCGAGCGACAACUGCAUCACUGUCUGCAACAUGGAGAACUUUGACCCUCUCGGUGUACAUACUGGUGACAGUAUCGUUGUAUCGCCAAGUCAGACGUUUAGCGACGAGGAGUACCACAUGCUCCGAUCUGCCUCUAUCAAGAUUGUCCGACAUCUGGGAGUUGUCGGCGAGUGCAACGUACAAUAUUGCUUGCAGCCUGAUGGUCUCGAUUACAGGGUCAUUGAGGUGAACGCCCGCCUGUCUCGUUCGUCUGCAUUGGCGUCUAAAGCGACUGGAUACCCACUUGCGUACACUGCGGCAAAGAUUGGUCUUGGACACACCCUCCCUGAACUACCAAACGCAGUUACCAAAACCACGACCGCAAACUUCGAGCCCAGUCUGGACUAUGUCGUUACCAAGAUGCCUCGAUGGGAUCUUAGCAAGUUCCAAAACGUCAAGCGCGACAUUGGCAGCUCUAUGAAGUCGGUUGGUGAGGUCAUGGCCAUUGGUCGCACGUUUGAGGAGUCAUUCCAGAAAGCCUGCCGACAAGUCGACCCCAAGUACCUUGGUUUCCAGGGUGAGAAGUACGGCGAGAGCCUCGACGACGAGUUGAAGAACCCUACAGACCGUCGAUGGCUUGCUGUUGGCCAGGCUCUGUUCCACGAAGGCUACACCGUUGACAGGGUCCACGAACUCACCAAGAUCGACAGGUGGUUCCUGCACAAGCUCCAAAACAUCGUCGACUGCACACAUGAGCUUGAGGAUAUUGGCAGCUUGUUUGGUCUGAAGAAGGAGAUCAUCCUCAAGGCCAAGAAGCUCGGAUUCUCUGACAAGCAAAUCGCCAAAGCCGUUAACAGCACAGAAGACGAAGUUCGCGCGCGCAGGAAGAGCUUCGGUAUCAGGCCAUGGGUUAAGAAGAUUGAUACAUUGGCUGCAGAGUUCCCUGCAGACACCAACUACCUCUACACGACUUACAACGCCUCAUCGCACGAUGUAACAUUCGACGACCACGGUGUUCUCGUCCUUGGUAGCGGUGUCUACCGUAUUGGAAGCUCCGUCGAGUUCGAUUGGUGCGCUGUCAAUGCUACCCGCUCCCUCAACGCGCUCGGAAAGAAGACUGUCAUGAUCAACUACAACCCCGAGACUUACAGUACCGACUUCGACGUUGCAGACAAGCUUUACUUUGAAGAACUGAGCUACGAGCGUGUCAUGGACAUCUACGAGCUUGAGACCGCUAGCGGUGUCGUUGUCUCUGUUGGUGGCCAGCUUCCUCAGAACAUUGCCUUGAAGCUUCAGGAGUCUGGCAAGGCAAAGGUCCUUGGAACUGACCCUCGCGACAUCGACAAGGCUGAGGACCGUCACAAGUUCUCUUCUAUUCUUGACUCGAUUGGUGUAGACCAGCCAGCCUGGAAGGAGCUUACUUCGUACGAUGAAGCGAAGAAGUUCGCAAACUCUGUCGGAUACCCAGUUCUUGUCCGACCUUCUUAUGUUCUUUCUGGAGCUGCGAUGACUGUCAUCCGUGGGGAGGAAGAGCUAAAGGAGAAGCUCCUUGCUGCUUCUAACGUAUCGCCCGACCACCCAGUCGUCAUCACUCAGUUCAUUGACGGCGCUCAAGAAAUUGACUGUGACGCAGUCGCGUCCAACGGAAGCGUCCUUGUACAUGCCAUCAGUGAGCACGUUGAGAACGCUGGUGUUCACUCUGGCGAUGCAACUCUCGUGCUGCCUCCCGUCAACCUCGACAAACGCAUCCAGGAACGCGUCAAGGAGAUUGCGGACAAGGUUGCCAAGGCUUGGAACAUCACUGGUCCCUUCAACAUGCAGAUCAUCAAGGAGGAAGUCGAAGGUUCUGAGCCAAACCUCAAGGUCAUCGAGUGCAACCUCCGUGCUUCUCGUUCCUUCCCCUUCGUCAGCAAGGUCCUGGGUACCAACUUCAUUGAUGUCGCCACCAAGGCCCUCGUUGGCCGUGACGUGCCUGAGUUUACUGAUCUCAUGGCUGUCGAGAGAAACUACCUUGCCACCAAGGUUCCCCAGUUCUCAUGGACCAGGUUAGCGGGUGCUGACCCCUACCUCGGCGUUGAGAUGUCGUCUACCGGUGAGAUGGCUUGCUUCGGUAAGGACCUCGUAGAGGCCUACUGGGCGUCUGCUCAGUCGCAGAUGAACUUCCGUCUUCCCCAGCCUGGCGAGGGUCUUCUCUUUGGCGGUGACGUCACACCCAACUCUCUCCACUCCAACUCCCUCAUCCAAAUCGCCAAGUAUGUACACGCACUUGGUUACAGGUUCCUUGCUGCCAACAAGGAAGUGAAGGAUCUCCUUGAGAAGAACACUGAAGGCGUCAGCGUUGACGUCAUCGAGUUCCCCAAGGAAGACAAGAGGAAGCUGCGUGAGGUGUUCGAGAAGAACGACAUCCGGGGCUGCUUCAACUUGGCCAAGUACAGGGCCAACGGCCUGCUCGAUGAGGAUUACGUGAUGAGGAGGAACGCCGUCGACUUCGGCGUACCGCUAUUCAUGGAGCCCAAGACCGCCGUUUUGUUCGCCCAAUGCAUGAGCGAGAAGCUGCCCAAGAAGGAAGGUAUCCCAAGCGAAGUCAGGUCAUGGAGCGACUUUGUUGGUGGACGGCCAUUGUAAUAAGCUACUCAAGUAUUCUUAGGGUUGCGUAUAUGGGAUAAGAAGGGAUUGGGAUGUACGAGAUAUACCACGAUGUUGGAUUGAGGUCCGAUUCAGAUCUAGGACCAGGACGAAGAUUAUGUUUCCAUGUGUAUAGCGUUUCUCAGCUCAUGACUAAACUGCAUGGGCAGUUCGGAGGUGUUCGGGCAUAAUGUUUGGGUUGAAAAGUGUAUCGCUCGUGUGGCUAGUAUCAAAAAUGAUGUCUUCAU